AUGGCCUCCAACCUACUUGCGAUGGCCUCCAACCUAAUAGCAAUGGCCUCCAACCUGACGAUGGCCUCCAACCUACUAGCGUGGAGUUCGAGGAUAAAGAGAAUAACUGCCACAAAAGCAGGAGAAACGUUGUUCAGUUGCCCUGUCGCAAUGCCAAACGUUGGAAAGACGAGCGGCAUUCACAAUUUAUCCGGAAAGAUGGCCGGCGUUAUUCUAGGUUGGAGGCCAUGGCUCUUAGGCUUGAGGCCUUUGCUACUUUGGAGGGCCAUCGCAAGUGGGUUGGAGGCCAUCACAAGUUGGUUGAAGGCCUUCGCAAGCAGGUUAUUGUUGCCUUUGUUUUGUACUUGUGUUUUUGAUGCGCUAGCCCUUGAAACCCGUGAGAUGAGUUUGGUAGGAUGAUCUUGUUGCCGAAUCAAUGCUGCCAAUCAAAACAGACUCACCCCAGUAGCAUAAAAGGCCUGGCCAAUUUGGGUGAAGCACAAAAAUGAAAGGACUUGUCAUAUGUUCCAUAUUCGAUCAUGUUCAACAGCACGUUGUUUUUUCAUGUUGCAGGUCUGUUCAACCGGUCGGUACCCGAAGAAAGGGAUCCCCGAAUCGGCAUGAAAGCCGACUGCCCGCUGGGGCAGUAGGGAAAAGGAAAGCUGACAGUGGCGAAAGCUUCACUUGGGCACCACGUUUCUAGCUGUUGGAAUCAACGAGUUCCCCCCCAUCAAAGAGCAGUGCCAAAUGGCCGGGAUUUCCUCCUUUUUGUGGCUCGCAGGGGCACGCUGGUGGCUCAUCUUCAUCGGAAUUGGCGAGGGCACGAGCGCCUUUGCGAAGUGGCACUUCGCUCAUCGGCGAGAUGGAUCCGUAUGCUGUCUUGGGACUCUCAGCAGGCUUCACCUUUCACCAGCUGAGCGAUGCCUACCGAGCGAGAGCGCUGCAAGCCGCACAAACGGAGCAAGCGGCCAGCCUGAGAGGCUGCGUGUCGCUUCAAAGUGUGGCUGCAGCCUUUGAGGUGCUAAGCCGCACAACGUCUGGAGCUGCAGGCACCAGAGCCAGCCUCGCACGGCGCGCAGGGCCUGAGAAGACCCCGAGGCCUCGCCCCCCUCAGUGGCGCCCACUCGCGCGGCUGAAGGCAGCGCUGCAAGGUCUCGAGCGGCCACAGCGGCAGAGGACCUUGGAAGAGCUGCCCGAAGCGUUGCGCUUGGAGCUUUUGAGGUAUAUGGAGCUCACAGCACCGAAGUCCUCGAAGCACGCUUUGGGACCCGGUGGACCAUGUGGAGCCGGACGCUGCGGCCUCCAGCGGAAUCGCCAAGGUCUUUUCCGCGCGAAGAUGAACUUGGAGCAUAUUAGCCUCUACAGCGUCUUCACACAGCAAGAUGCGGCUGUGGAGCAUCACAUCUUCCUGGUGCAGCUGCGGCGCCUGGUGCAGCUGCAGCUCCACGAGCGCGAACUGGACCUGUCGGAGGCCUUCGGUUGGGCCUUUCAGCAGAUGAGCUACGAGGCGGCCUCGCCGGGGCGCGCGGAGGGCUUUGACCGGUUUCUGCUGCGGCGAGGGAUCCGGAGCUACUUGACGAUCCACGUGGCACGGUGGUUGGGGUCUACACACGUGACUUCACCGGUCUUGCCACUCAUGGAGGUCUUGGAUCUUCGGAAGCGCUUGCUGCUGGCGCGAGAUCGGGGUUGGGAACACUUCCGAAGCGAAUGGAUCGCUAUGAUGCAGAGAUGUGGUUUGUCGCGGAGGAAGAGGUUGCAAGAGCCCGCACAGAUGGUGGACGUGGCCCAUCACAGGGCGUGCGCCAAGAAGGUCAAGGUUGGUUCCAAGCGACGCCUUCUGCGCGCUCAACUACCAUCGCCGGAGCUGCAGCUCCAGCGCACGCUGCGCGCGGUGCGCUCGGCGGAAGUCGCCUUGGCAAGAACCGCACGGUGCGCCGCACGUUCUGCGCACGGAGCGAAGAAGCCAAGGAAGGAGAUGUCUUUGUCGGCCGCUGAAAUUCGUGUGUCCUCACCUUGAAGCCCUAUGGGUUUCAGAGUUCUCUUUCAGACUUAAGAAGAAUGUGAUAGUCAGAACGUCCAGGUGAGGUUGGUACCAUGUAUGGAAGUGUGGGAAAGCUUGUACAGAGCAGCGAAAAGUUCGGCUGCGAUGACCUUGGAAGACUUCGGGUGGCAAAACUUGCUUCAUGUCAACGGAUUGCGAGAAGACAGUGGGUGACUGCUUCAUAGGAUCACCCGAAAGGUGUUGCUCAAAGAUGGAAAGCCAGGAGCCCCCAGUAGCGUCCUUGCUCCUAGUAGCGAUGCCAGUGGAUUCUUCGUCCUUCUUUCAAGUUCUUAGCCAGGGCCCUCAUUAGUAGAUUUCCAGGCAUGUGACUAUAUGUAACUCCGCUCGUGAUGGGGUAGCUGAGGC